AGCAUACACCAAUGGUCCAAUAUUGUAGACAUUCAUCUUCUUGGUUGCUUCAUUGGUGGUGACAGGUGAGCUAUACAUAUAGCAUAUAAAUACAUACAACUACACAAUCAUGGUUGUCAAAAGCAUCAAUUGGAGGGUUUGGAGCUACGCAAUAUUCUGGUCCAUUUCUUCAACAUCACCAGGUUUUGGUGGAUCAAUGAUAAGGAGUAGGACUGUGUCGGCGUUGCUAUCAUUCCGGUCUAUAAUAGCAUAUAAUGGAUCUGCAAAGACGUUUAGUUUGACUGAUAUUAAGAAAGCAACCGACAAUUUCAACGAAUCAGGAGUUCUAGGGGAAGGUGGACUUGGCCGUGUUUAUAGUGGCGUUCUUGUAGAUGGAACAAAAAUUGCAGUUAAAGUACCUAAACGUAACGAUCAACAAGGCAGUGGAGAAUUCUUGGCUGAAGUUGAGAUGCUCACUCGGUUGCCCAUAAAAACUUGGUUUGGUUGAUUGGGAUAUGCACAGAGGAAUGAAACCGGUAUUUGUUUUAUCAGCUUAUCACAAAUGGGAAUGUUGAAUCCCAUCUUCAUAGUAAUUUUAUGUAACAUGUUUUUGCAAAUUCGGGUUUAGGGAAUGUUUGGGAAUGGGAUUAUGUAUCACUGAAGUUGAAAAGAUUAUCAAAAGUCAAUCAUUGGUUUAUGAAGAUGGUAUAUAUUAUAGUCUAAAUUUGAUUAUUCA